AGGUAUAAAGGGGCUGGGCAGAGCCCGCAGGUGCCACCUGCUAUACCAUGAAGCCUGCUGGUUUUCUGGUGCUGCUGCUGGGUGCAGCCUUGCUCCUGACCUCCAGAGCCAAUGGCGACAUUUGCCCAGCUGUGGAGCAGGAUGUCCAGCUGUUCCUGACCGGUCCUGUUGAUGACUACGUUUCCUACGUGGGGAAGUACAACAGCAACCCGCUAGUGCUGGCAAAUGCACGGACGCUGAAGAUGUGCGUGGACAGCAAACUGACCGAGGAGGACAAGCAACAUGCCAUGAGCGCCGUGAACAAAAUCUACUCCAGCGUUCUUUGCUAAGGGAGCUCUCCCGGGGGUGCACUGCCUGAGAAGUUGGCAUCCCAUUGAGGCGCAGGCUUGAUUCCCAGCUGCUCCACUUUCAAUCCAGUUUCCUGUGUGGGAAAGCAGAGGAAGAUGACUUGAGUGCCUGGACCCCUGUAUCUGCACUGGAGUCCAGGAAGAAGCUGCUAUUUUCUGGCUUCGGUCUGAUCCAUCCCUGGCUCUUGUGGCCAUUGGAGGGGCGA